AUACUAUCGCGAGUGGUUACCCAGCUCUGGCGCGCAACGACGCUUGCGAAGAACGCAAAAAUUAUUAUUUAUUUACCUCACGCAAAACCGAAGUGAAUUCCGCUGCACAAAAGUGCCCCGAAGCGCGUGAAACAUAGUUAAGUUAUUGUUUAUUGCUUUAUUGUUGCUGCAGUACCUGGCAGCUGAAAAAAAGAGAGCUCGUCGGUGUGUCUUUGUCGGAUUAGUGUGCGUGCCUGAGUGUUGUGCCGUGUGUGAGUGUUGGUGUGUCGCCUGCGAAAAAUCGAAGUUAUUGCAUUGCGCAGCCCUUUAAAACCGCUGCCCCUGGCCAGCUGUCCACCCCCACAGGCCCCGCCACGCCCCCCGCUGCACGGCGUUACUUGGAUUCCCAAAUUCUGAUGAAUGUUGGUUGAGACAACUGCUUGCGCCCGAGACCACUGAGGAGAAUCCGCUGCUCAGACCGAAUUGAGUGGCGCCCGGAGCACCAACACACCAUGGCCGAGGAUACCGAGUACAAGAAGUUGCCGGUGGAGGAGCGGUGUGUCCAUAAACUAUGGAAGGCCCGUGUAGAUGGCUACGAGGAGGCCGCCAAGAUCUUCCGCGACCUGGACGACGAGAAGUCACCGGAGUGGUCCAAAUUCGCUGGCCUCAUCAAGAAGAUGGUGGUCGACUCAAACGCAAUGGCCCAGGAGAAGGGCCUGGAGGCAGCCCUCAUCUUUGUGGAGAACAGCGGCCUGGCCGGACGCACAGUGGGCGAUGUUAUGACCGGCAUCGUCCAGAAGUGCAUAGCGGCACCAAAGACAAAGACCAAGGAGCUCUCCGUCCAGGUGGCACUCAUGUAUGUGGAGAUCGAGAAGCAGGAGGCCGUCGUCGAAGAGCUGGUCAAGGGUAUGGAGGCCAAGAACCCCAAGAUUGUAUCCGCCUGUGUGGCAGCCACCACACUGGCCCUCCGUGAAUUCGGACAUAAAGUAAUAGGCGUAAAGCCCUUGAUUAAGAAGCUAGCCCCUCUAAUGUCAGAUCGAGAUAAAGCCGUCCGAGAUGAGGGCAAGCAGCUGGCCGUGGAGAUCUACCGCUGGAUCGGUGCAGCCAUGAAGCCGCAGAUAUCAACGUUGCCACAAGUAACGCUUAAGGAGCUGGAGGAUGAGUUCGAGAAGCUCAAGGGUGAACGUGCGGAGCCUUCUAGAUAUCUGAAAUCUCAGCAAGAGAAGCAAGCAAAGAUCGCCGACGCAGCAGCUGUCGAGGAUGCUUAUAAUGAAGAAGAUGGCGAUGCUGGGCCUGAAGAAAUCGAUCCCAUUGAUCUUCUCGAUCCCGUUGACAUACUCUCCAAAAUGCCCAAGGAUUUUUACGACAAGCUAGAGGAAAAGAAGUGGACACUGAGGAAGGAAUCGCUGGAGGUCCUAGAGAAACUGCUCACCGAAAAUCCCAAGCUGGAGAACGGCGAGUAUGGAGCACUAGUAAGCGCUCUGAAGAAGGUUAUUACCAAGGACUCCAACGUAGUCCUGGUAGCCAUGGCCGGCAAAUGUCUGGCUCUGCUGGCCAAAGGAUUGGCCAAGCGCUUUUCCAACUACGCAUCGGCUUGUGUCCCAUCCCUCUUGGAGAAAUUCAAGGAGAAGAAACCCAAUGUUGUGACCGCCCUGCGCGAGGCCAUCGAUGCCAUCUACACCUCCACCUCGCUGGAGGCCCAGCAAGAGUCCAUUGUGGAGUCGCUGGCCAAUAAGAAUCCAAGUGUUAAAUCCGAAACGGCUUUGUUUUUGGCCCGUGCCCUGACUCGCACUCAACCAGCCGCGCUAAACAAGAAGCUGCUCAAGCUUUUGACUACCAGUCUUGUGAAGACGCUCAACGAGCCGGAUCCCACGGUCCGCGACAGCAGCGCCGAAGCUCUGGGUACUUUAAUGAAGCUAAUGGGCGAAAAGGCGGUGACUCCCCUACUAGCCGACGUUGAUCCCCUCAAGAUGGUCAAGAUCAAGGAGUGUCACGACAAGGCAGAGAUAAAAAUCAAGGUUGCUGGACCAAAGAAGGAGGCAAGACCUGCUUCAGCACCGACUGCGAAAGCCGCUGCUCCUGCCAAGGCCACGGGAGGCAGUGUGGAUCCUAAACCAGUUUCCCGACCGGCCACCAGUGGGGCACGCAAGGUGCUGAAGAAGCCCGCGGCUGGUGCUGCGGGUGGAGGUCCAUCUGCCCCAUCUGCAGCCUCUAAAGCAACCGGAAAAGCUCUAGCCACAGAACGCGAAUUAACACCAGAGGAUUUGCAGGAAAAGUCCGAGGAAAUUCUACCAGCCGACAUACUUAAUGGAUUGGUGGACUCCAAUUGGAAGAACCGCCUCGCUGCCGUGGAGCAGCUUCUGGGCGAAAUCACCGGCUUCGAUGCCAAACAGGCGGGAAUAUCACAGAUCCUCAUCCGAACAAUAAGCGGGCGCAAACCUGGCCUAAAAGAAAUGAAUUUCCAGGUACUAAAGUUCAAGCUGGACAUAAUCCGCAGUGUGGCCGAGAACUAUCCGCUGACUACGACAACCGUAGACCUGGUGGUUAACGAAAUAACCGAGAAGCUUGCUGAUGCCAAGAACGGAGCAGCAGCUGCCGAUGUACUGACCGCCUUUGCUGAAGCCACCAAAUUGGAGUACAUCGUAGGCAAAGUGCUGAGCUUCGCCUUCGAGCAGAAAUCUCCAAAGGUGCAGUCGGAGGCCUUUAACUGGGUGGGCAAAUCCAUCACAGAGUUUGGCUUCCAACUGCAGCCAAAGACACUCAUCGAGGAUGUGCGAAAGGGUGUGCAGAGCACCAAUCCAACGGUUCGUGCCGCUGCCAUCCAGCUCGUGGGCAUCAUGUCUAUGUAUAUGGGCAAUGCCCUUAUGAUGUUCUUCGACAGUGAGAAGCCGGCUCUAAAGUCCCAGAUCCAAGUGGAGUUCGACAAAAAUGUAGGCGAAAAACCGCCCAAGCCGGUGAGGGGAGUUCAGCGCAGUAGUGGCGGAGCAGCUGGAAAUUCACCAGACAAUGAGGACGACGAUGGUGGUGCAGCUGGAGAAGAGGAACCUGUUAACAUGGCUGAUCUUCUACCCCGCGUUGACAUUGCCCCACAGAUUACAGAGGCACUGCUAAAAGAGAUGUCCGACAAGGACUGGAAGACUCGCAACGAGGGAUUGACUAAGCUGCAGGCCAUUAUUUCGGAGGCAAGGCUGAUCAAACCCAGCAUCGGGGACUUAGCUCCUGCUCUGGCGCACCGCCUGGUGGAUUCCAAUGCAAAGAUUGCCCAGACGACGCUUGCCAUUUGCGAGCAGCUUGCCACGGCCAUGGGCGCUGGAUGUCGCAACCAUGUGCGCACCCUGUUCCCUGGAUUUCUGCACGCACUCGGGGAUAACAAGAGUUUUGUAAGGGCCGCAGCGCUCAACUGCAUCAACAGUUUUGGCGAGAAGGGCGGCUACAAGGAGUUCUUCGAAAGCGAAAUGAUAGCCGAUGCUCUUAAGGGAGGAUCCCCCGCUCUGAAGACCGAGUUGUGGGCUUGGCUGGCGGACAAACUGCCAGGCCUUCCCCCCAAGUCGGUGUCAAAGGAGGAUCUACAUUCAAUGGUGCCGCACCUUUACGCCCACAUCUGCGAUCGCAAUGCCGAUGUGCGGAAGAACGCCAACGAGGCGGUGCUGGGUAUUAUGAUUCACCUUGGAUUUGACGCUUUGAACCGAGCUCUGGACAAGCAGAAGCCCGCCUCCAAGAAGGAUAUCUAUGCGGCCCUGGAGAAGGCCCGUCCUAAUCUCCCAGUAAAGCCGCUACCCAAGGGCAAACAGCAGGCCCCAAUACCCGAGGAACCAAAGGCCAAGACAGUGCGCGGUGGAGGAGCGAGUGGAAUCCAGAAGAGUGCCUCUGCCCGCGCUGCCGGAGGACAGGACAAAUUGCCUGCACCUGCGCGCAAGAAGGAGGAGGAUAUCGACACAUCGCCGCUUCUGGCCGCAAACAACUCUAAGAACCAGCGGUUGCUGGACGAGCAAAAAAUGAAGGUUCUCAAGUGGACAUUCGUAACGCCGAGAGAGGAAUUCACCGACCUAUUACGCGAUCAAAUGAUGGCGGCCAAUGUCAACAAAGCGCUGAUAGCCAACAUGUUCCAUGACGAUUUUCGCUAUCACUUGAAAGUUAUCGAGCAGUUGAGCGAAGAUCUGCCUGGCAACAGUAAGGCGCUGGUGUGCAAUCUGGACCUAAUACUUAAAUGGUUGACUCUGCGUUUCUACGAUACGAACCCUUCUGUGUUGAUUAAGGGUCUCGAAUAUCUGGUACAGGUCUUCCAGAUGCUCAUUGACCAGGAGUACAUUCUGGCCGAGAACGAGGGCAGCUGCUUUGUGCCCCACCUGCUUUUGAAAAUUGGAGAUCCCAAGGAUGCUGUCCGAAAUGGAGUGCGUCGUGUGCUCCGUCAAGUUAUAUUGGUCUUCCCCUUCGUAAAGGUCUUUGCCUAUGUGAUGGAGGGUCUUAAAUCGAAGAAUGCCCGCCAGCGUACCGAGUGCCUGGACGAGUUAUCCUUCCUCAUUGAGACCUACGGCAUGAACAUUGCACCCCAGGCGGCGGUGCGUGAGAUUGCUCGUCAGAUCUCUGACCGGGAUAACUCUGUGCGCAAUGCAGCACUCAACUGCAUUGUCCAGGUGUUCUUCUUGUCCGGCGAAAAGACGUACAAGAUGAUUGGCCAUCUCAACGAGAAGGAUCUCUCUAUGCUCGAUGAGCGCAUCAAGCGGGCCAAGAAGACAAAGAAGCCGACGCCUCCAGCAUCUGUCGAUAUGCCCACAGGCAGGCAAGCGGCUCAGCGACAUGACAGCAUCGAGAUCGAAGAUGCAGAGGUGGGCAACGGGUGCGACGAGCUGCCGCCACCGGACGAUGAGGGUUUGCAGCGAGAUUUAAAUGCGCGUGGGCAGAACAACCUGACGGAGCGGAGUGCCACCAAUGUGGUUGCCUACUUAAACUCCCUGACUCGACAGGCAACAUUUGAUCAGGCGCCUUCGUCACAGCUGCUUCUUCUCCAGCAGCAUCUUCACCAGCUGCAGCAGCAGACCCAGCAACAGAAGUCCAGCGGACCAUUUGGUUUGGACUCUCAGGUGAUCAGCGAUAUUGAAAAAGACUGGGUCCGCGUGGACCAAAUGGAAUCAAAGCCGCUACUGAACGUGGACAUCUCAUCACUUGACGAGCCCAUUAAGGUGCGACCCACUCGAGCCGGCAUUCACUAUCCGCAGGAGAAGUUUGAUCGCCUAAUUUCGCGGCAGCACUACAUGCAGCAGACUUUGACAACUUCCCCGUCGUCCACCGGCGGAAUGACCAGUGGAAUCUCGCCGUAUCGCAGCCCCAUGCGCAUGCAGAACCAGCAGCCGCCCCAGCAACUGGAGAACAAUGUACCGAACUUGGCUGAUGUUCUGCCCAAGCACGAUCCGCAGCUGGUCAAGGUUAUAAGGGGUGUGAGCAGCACGGACACCCUCAAGGCUCGAGCGGCCAUCAACGAGCUGGCCGCCAUCAUCGAGGCUCCGGAGAAGCAGGCCGUGCUGCGUGACUACGAGGAAAUAUUUAUUCAGAAUGUGCUGGCACAAUUCAAGAAUCUCUCACAGAUACCAUCGGCUCAGUCUGUGGUCGUAUACCAGCCGCUGCUCUCCAUUCUGUAUACAUUUUUCCAUGCCAACAUUCUGGGCAAAACGCUGAGCGUGGCCUGCAUCAAAAAUCUCAUGUCGGCGCUGCUAAACCUGAUGGCCGAUCCCAAGUUGGCCGUGGGCGAUGACAGUCAGUAUAACAAGGUUAUCAAUGGCAUCUGUCUUAAAGUGUUGGACAAGGUGGACUUUACGAAUUUAAACUGUGCAUUGAUACGUCUAUUGCGCGAGACUUGUCCGGAGGCUAAGCUCCCAAAGUUCACGGACCUGCUGAUGAAGUGCAUUUGGCGCAAUGUAAAGAUGCUGCCAGAGCGCAGCAAUGAGCUGAACUACGACGCCGUGAUCCUGGAGGUGCACGAGUUUAUGCUGGCCCUGCCCAGCACCUGGUGGCAGAACCGACCGUCGGAUACUCCGAUGCGCACGAUUAAGACCAUUCUGCACAACAUGGCAAAGGUUAAGGGUAAUGCCAUUCUGCAGCACCUCAACCAGAUUCCCACACACUCGGAGCUGCACACGUACUUGAUACGCAUCCUCAAGAAUUUCCAAAAGGAUGGCUCUGCGGCAGGAAUUGGCGCCUCCCCCCAGAGAGCCAAGGAGAUUGCCUCCAAGCGUAUCUCGCACCAAACUCAUGAUACAGUAUCUCAGAUCUUUAAGCUGAUCUCGGAUAGAGAUACCAAACAGCAAGGUCUCCAGAAGCUUUACGACUUUAAGCAACAAAAUCCAGAAAUCGAUUUAAGUACCUUCCUGCAAGGUUCCAGUGCCACUUUCCACAAGUACAUCGAGGAGGGUCUGGCCGAAAUCGAACGCAACCAGAACGCCGGAUCUGCACAGGCGCCGGAUAAUCGCACGGCAGCUAUUCGUUCUUAUCUCACAGAUGUCAACUACCAGAACACCGGUCACGAUGCCGAUUUUUGGAUGGACCGCCUUCAGUAUCACCUCUCCGGCGGAGGUGUGGCCGGUAAAUUGGCUUCUGCCCGUUCAGCAGACGAUGGAUCCCACAUGCUGGACAACAAGGUGGUCGACGAGAAUCUCUGCCUGAACGGGAUGAACUCACAGAAGGCGUCGCUCAUCAAGCGAGAUAAGCGCGACAUGUCGCCCAAUCGCUUGCAGGCUCUUCAGGCAAAGCUGGCGCAGAUCAAGAAGGAGAAUCAUGCCCAAUAAGUUGUGCGCUUCCUGUAGCUGAAAACCCUUAGCUAUAAUCAGCGGCAGCUAAACAUUAUACAGCAAAGAGAAACACUCAAAAACACACUGAACGAGCCAGUCCUCGUAAACUACAUGGAAUCAUUUAUUAUUUAACAUAGUUUUAUGCUUACAAAUCGGCACAUAUAUAUAUUCACGGUAAUAAUGUGUAGUAACAGGAGCAGCAGUGAGUGUCGAAAGCAGGUUAACAACAGUAACAAUAAUUAACAGAUCACACUAUUACUAUGUCUCCUCCAGAACUAUGUAUUGUACUUUUACUAAUAACAAUUGAUCGGUCUAUGUAUUAGCACUGAGUUGUGUUCCGUAUACGAUUCAAUUAGAUUCGAUUGGCUGAGUUGAGAUUGAGAAUGAAGUGGCGACUGUGACUGAGACCGGGUUCCAAUAAUUAGACGACAGCUUGUUAGUUUAUGCCUACGCUAUUUUGUUUAAAUUAUCAGUGAAAGCAGUAGCAUGUUAAAGGUUUGUGUACACUUGAAAGGUCAUUGUUUUGCAAACACGCGCCCACUAGGAUCGAUUCUUGUUAUUAUUAUAUUAUGUCUGGUUAUGUUUUCAACUAUCAACACUCAACACGCCUCAAAUUGUUUCAAGCCAAGCGUUGGGCUCAGUGCGCGCUAAAAACUCUAAUUUAUACUCGUAUUAGCUAACCGUAGUUUUUACCAACUAGCAGUUACCCCCUAACCAUUGUUUAGUUUAAGACCCAUUCAGUUUUAUCCGCACACACAUUCACACACUGAUUUCUAUGCCGCAAGCACGCAGUACACGCAGGAUAACACACACAGUAGACACGCCGCGUAUUUUUGUAACAUCCUCAUGAACUAUAUGCGAAAAUAAAUGUUAUAUUUAUAAAUCAA